AUGCCAGCUCCUGAGCAGACCCCUUUGGUGGAGGAGGGGCUCCAGCAGACCACCCAGGAAAUUUCAUCAGGCCCAGGAAUGGAAUCAGAGACCACUGCCACAACCAUUCUGGCUUCUGUAAAAGAACAGGAGCUGCAGUUUCAAAGACUCACCAGAGAACUGGAGGUGGAGAGGCAAAUUGUUGCUAGUCAACUAGAAAGAUGUAGACUUGGAGCAGAAUCGCCGAGCAUUGCCAGCACAAGCUCUACUGAGAAGUCGUUUCCUUGGAGAUCAGCAGAUGCGCCAAACGCAGGUGUAAGCAAAUCUAGAGCAUCUGACAACAUCCAUACCAAUACUUACCACAUUAGAUCAGAACCAGAACAAGGGAAUCUCUACUCACCAGAACAGACAUCUCUUCAUGAAAUUUGUUCUCAUACUGGUUUGAUUUCUACAGGGUCAGUAGGUAACUCGAGAAGUUCAACACAAAUGAAUUCUUACUCUGAUAGUGGUUACCAGGAAGUAAGCAGUUUCCAUAACAGCCAGAACUUGGGCAAAUCAGAAAAUAGACAGCAGCAUUCAUUUAUUGGAACAACGAAUAAUCAUGUGGUGAGAAGCUCACGGGCUGAAGGACAAACAUUAGUUCAGCCAUCAGUAAAUAUUGCUGCCAACCGAGCCAUGAGACGUGUUAGUUCAGUUCCAUCCAGAGCACAGUCUCCUUCGUAUGUUGUCAGCACAGGUGUGUCACCUUCAAGGGGGUCACUGAGAACUUCUUUAGGAAGUGGAUAUGGUUCUCCAUCUGUUACUGAAUCUCGACCCCUAACUUCUAAUGCAUAUUCAUCUACUACAUUACCAGUGCAGCGAGCAGCAUCUCCAUAUUCAACACAGAGACCCGCUUCACCAACAGCUGUGCGGCGAAUCAGUUCAGUUACAUCAAGGCAAACAGCUAAUCCCAAUGGAGGAACUUCUCAGUACCAAACAUCAGCAAGAGUUGGCUCACCUCUUGCCCUCACUGAUGCACAGACAAGAGUAGCUUCUCCAUCCCAAUCCCAGAUAGCAUCUUCUUCCCCAAAACGCUCUGGCAUGACUGCAGUACCACAACAUUUGGGAACAGCGUUACAAAGAACAAUUCAUGAUAUAGACCAGUAUGGGCAACAGUUUGAUAUCUAUGAGAGAAUGGUCCCUCCACGUCCAGAUAGCCUUACAGGCUUGCGAAGUUCAUAUGCUAGUCAGCACAGCCAGCUUGGGCAAGAAUUACGUUCAACUGUAUCUCCUGAGUUGCACAUCACUCCCAUAUAUGAAGGCAGAACCUAUUACAGUCCUGUGUACAGAAGUCCAAAUCAUGGAACAAUGGAGUUACACCAGGGGUCCCAGUCUGCAUUAUAUCGAACUGGAUCAGGUUUUGGAAAUCUGCAACGGACAUCCAGUCAACGUAGCACACUUACAUACCAAAGAAAUAAUUAUGCUCUGAACACAGCAGCUACCUAUGCGGAACCCUACAGGUCAAUGCCUUACCGACUGUCAGAAUCCAGUUAUAACAGGCUACAACAUGCAACACCAGCUGAUGAUGGUACAACAAGAUCUCCAUCCAUAGACAGCAUCCAGAAAGACCCUAGGGAGUUUGCCUGGAGAGAUCCAGAAUUGCCUGAAGUCAUUCACAUGCUUCAACACCAGUUUCCAUCAGUUCAAGCAAAUGCAGCAGCCUACCUUCAGCACCUGUGCUUUGGAGAUAACAAAGUAAAAACGGAGGUCUGUAGAUUAGGAGGAAUCAAGCACCUUGUUGACCUUCUGGAUCACAGGGUCCUCGAAGUUCAGAAAAAUGCUUGUGGCGCACUGCGAAACCUUGUUUAUGGAAAAUCUACUGAUGAAAAUAAAAUAGCGAUGAAGAAUGUUGGUGGGAUACCUGCCCUUUUGCGAUUGUUAAGAAAAUCUAUUGAUGCAGAAAUAAAAGAGCUUGUAACAGGAGUUCUUUGGAACUUGUCCUCAUGUGAUGCAGUAAAAAUGACAAUCAUUAGAGAUGCUCUGUCUACGCUAACAAACACUGUGAUAGUUCCACAUUCUGGAUGGAAUAAUUCUGCCUUUGAUGAUGAUCAUAAAAUUAAAUUCCAGACUUCUCUAGUUCUACGCAAUACCACGGGAUGCCUGAGGAACCUAAGCUCUGCAGGAGAAGAAGCACGGAAACAGAUGAGGUCUUGUGAAGGACUGGUUGAUUCAUUGCUGUAUGUGAUUCACACAUGUGUGAACACAUCAGACUAUGACAGCAAGACAGUGGAGAACUGUGUGUGCACACUGAGAAACCUGUCCUAUCGUCUAGAAUUGGAGGUACCUCAGGCACGCCUACUGGGUAUUAAUGAACUGGAUGACUUGCUAGGGAAAGAAUCACCAAGUAAAGAUGCAGAACCAAGCUGCUGGGGAAAGAAGAAGAAGAAGAAAAAAAGAACUGCACAAGAAGAUCAGUGGGAUGGAGUUGGCCCUAUACCAGGAUUUUCUAAGUCUCCCAAAGGGGUGGAAAUGCUAUGGCAUCCAUCUGUGGUAAAACCAUAUCUAACACUUCUAGCAGAAAGCUCUAACCCAGCCACCCUGGAGGGUUCUGCAGGAUCUCUCCAGAAUCUUUCUGCAGGCAACUGGAAGUUUGCAGCAUAUAUUCGAGCUGCUGUCAGAAAAGAAAAAGGACUUCCAAUUCUUGUGGAACUGCUGAGAAUGGAUAAUGAUAGAGUUGUUUCUUCUGUUGCAACUGCCUUAAGGAACAUGGCGUUAGAUGUUCGCAACAAGGAGCUGAUUGGUAAAUAUGCCAUGCGAGAUCUGGUGAAUCGCCUUCCAGGAAGCAAUGGCACAAGCAUAUUGUCUGAUGAGACUGUAGCAGCAAUCUGUUGUGCUUUGCAUGAGGUCACUAGUAAGAACAUGGAAAAUGCCAAAGCUUUGGCUGACACAGGAGGAAUAGAAAAACUUGUGAACAUAACAAAAGGAAGGGGUGACAGAUCAUCAUUGAAAGUGGUCAAGGCAGCAGCCCAGGUAUUGAAUACAUUAUGGCAAUACCGAGACCUCCGUAGCAUUUAUAAAAAGGAUGGGUGGAAUCAGAGUCAUUUUAUUACACCAGUAUCAACAUUAGAGCGUGACCGAUUCAAAUCACAUCCUUCUUUGUCUACAACCAAUCAGCAGAUGUCGCCUAUCAUACAGUCAGUUGGCAGCACAUCUUCAUCGCCAGCACUGUUAGGAAUUAGAGAACCUCGUUCAGAAUACGAUAGGACACAAACUUCUAUGCAGUAUUACAAUAACCAAGGUGAUGUCAUUACACAUAAGGAUAUGUAUACUGGGUCCAGCAAAGCUUCACCAAUUUACAUCAGUUCCUAUUCUUCACCAGCACGAGAACAAAAUAGACGGCUACAGCAUCAGCAGUUAUACUACAGUCAAGAUGACACCAACAGAAAAAACUAUGACACAUACAGAUUAUAUUUGCAAUCCCCACAUAGCUAUGAGGACCCAUAUUUUGACGACCGAGUUCAUUUUCCAGCUGCUUCUGAUUACACAACACAAUACGGACUGAAGUCAACCACAAAUUAUGUAGAUUUCUAUUCCACUAGACGACCUUCUUAUAGAGCAGAACAAUACCCAGGUUCUCCUGACUCUUGGGUGUAGCACCAGAAAGUUACACAGAGAAACAUUUUAUCUUUCUAAUAUUGCUUGAGAAGAAAAGGAAUGGCCUGUUUGCUAUUUUGAUGAUGAAAUGUGGAAGUGAAAUAAAAGAAGGCACAAGGAAGAGCUUUUUACAAGGAAUUGUCAGGAAGGUGUGAGAGAAAUUGGAAGGGAGGUCUUUUUGCUCUGUUUAGAUGUUAGAUCUAAUUACUUGUAGCUCCUGUAGUCUGGUGAAGGUGUGGGCGAUGUGAUGAAAGGUUUGAGAAUUGAGGAACAUGAAUUUGGGAAAUGUGUAGAUCAGAUCAAAUUAAAGCUGAUUUUUUUUUAAUGUGAAUAAAAGUCUUGCUCUGAAAGUUUGUACAGAAAAAAUAAAAUGGAUGCCCUUGUUUUAUUGCUAUUACUACAUGUCAUGAUUGUAUGCUAUUACGUCUUGUACAUUUUUUCUGUUGGUGUAAAUAUGGAAAUGCAACAUUGGUUAAAAGUGCCAUCAUUUGUAAUGAAUUGUGUCAUUUUAACACAGAUUAGAAAAGAUGAAAUCUAGAAACAGACAGAAAAUCCAAGGAACUGUUAUAAAUUGAAAAAAAUAUAUCAUUUUUGGUUUUUAAAAUAACAGUGUAAUUUUGAAGCACAAAGUACAGUCCAGUAUAUCUACACCACUCCCAUUCCCUGCCUCUUUCAUAGGUUACUCCACUGCCAUUUUCUAUGCACAUGGAAGAAAAAUAAAUGUGGAAGUCUCAUCCAUGUAAAGUUG